AUGUACUUUUUUGUGAUCCAUGUAUUUUUGGGUGUACUGCUUUGUGCACCAUACCAGUGUACGGAGUGUCCUUUUGGCUGCGAGUGUUUUGCUGCCACACGCACGGUGAAAUGUAUCCGUAAGGACCUACGCACGAUGCCGCAACGUAUCCCAGGAUAUGCAAGGACUGUAAUCGUCACAGGAAACAAAAUUUAUGGGAUUGGACCUGGUUCAUUCACAGAACUGGAGAAUGUCACCAAUCUCGUUUUAAGCAAUAACAGUAUUUCAGAGGUGGCGUCCCACAGCUUCUCUGCCCUGUCCAACCUGCGCUUUCUGGAUCUCAGCGGGAACCAGCUGGCACUGAUCCAUCCAGAGGCUCUUAGUAUACCAGGCAGUCCUCUUCAGGAGCUCAACCUCAGCCAGUCACUGUACAACUCCACCUCUUUGACCGACCUCGCCACUGCCCUGCGCUGGGGUGGCCUUGGGGGUCUUCUCCGCCUGGACCUUUCUGGAAACCAUCUAGUACUAUUGCCUCCAGGAAUGUUCUCCCAACUUCACAACCUGCAGCACCUCCUCCUCACUAGUAAUUAUCUGGCAGCUGUCUAUAAUGGCACCUUCUCUGGGCUGAAGCACCUGGAGGUGCUGGACCUGACCCACAAUGCCUUCAGGACUUUUGGGGCUGACGCGCUGGGAGAGCUUGGGAGGCUGGGACACGGCCACAUUCUGCUGGGUCACAACCCCUAUAUGUGCUCUUGUGAGAUUCGUGACUUGGUGGCCUGGCUGAACAACUCCUGGGCCCAGGUGACAGAUGUAGAAGCUGCGAGGUGCGCCUCACCCAGAGGAUUGCACAAUGCUAGUCUGCGAGGGCUUGGGAUCCAGGCCAUUGGCUGCAGUGUAGCUGCCCCAGCCAAGGUGACUGACCUCUCCCUACAGACAUCCUACGUCUUCCUGGGGCUGGUGCUGGGGUUUGUCGGCAUGGUCUUUCUUUUGGUGCUCUAUCUCAACCGCAAAGGCAUGAAAAAGUGGAUCAUAGACACAAGAGAUGCUUGUCGGGAUGUGAUGGAGGGGUAUCACUACCGUUAUGAGAUCGACUCGGACCCUCGUCUGGGGCACCUGUCCACAAACAGCACUGUGGGGAGGGUACCAGGACAUUUUAGACCAGCUACCUCACCCCAGCUACCAUCUGACACCUGUAUUGCUCAGAUACCAACAGACACACAGCUCAAACAGGUGACUACCCCGCCUCCCAUGAACCUAUGA